AAGUGGGCCCUGCAGGGCCGGGGGGCCCCCCUCUGGUGCACAGACAGGUUCGCCCGAGACGCCCGAAACGGACUCCCAGCAAGCCCCAGGGGGGCCCCCAGGGGGGCCCCCAAAGGGGACAAACGCCCGCAACAAACUGACCCGGGGCCCCUCAAAGGACUCCGGGGGCCCCUCAGCGGGGUCGAGGGGCCCCUCAGCGGGGUCGAGGGGCCCCUCAGCUGGGUCGAGGGGCCCCUCAGCGGGGUCGAGGGGCCCCUCAGUGGGGUCGAGGGGCCCCUCAGCAGAGCUGAGGGGCCCCUCAGGGGGGUCGUGGGGCCCCUCAGGGGAGUCGACGGGCCCUGCAGAAGGGUUGGGGGGCCCCCAUUUGGGAGGGUGGAGCCCCUGCGGGUGGCGGAGGGGCCCCUCAGAGGGGAGGAGGGGCCCCCCCCUGUGAAGGGCCCUAGGGGGCUGGUGGGGGGCCCCCUGCUGCCCAGGGGUCUGCCGCGGGCUGGGAGCUUGCUGGGAGUCCCCACAGGGGCCCCCAGGCCAAGACAGAGACCUGUACCCUGGGGGCCCCCCGUACCCUGGGGGCCCCCCGGCGUGCCCCGGGGGCCCCCUGCGUCGCAUGCACGGGCUGCGGGCUGCGGGCUUCUGCAUUUGGCGGAUUUGAGUGGAGAGGAGCAGAGCAGGGGGCCCCCACUGCUGCUGCUCCUUGGGGGGGUCGCGGGGGCCCCUGGGGGGCCCCCCAGGGGGGAGAAGGCGCGGCGGGCCCCGGGGGCCCCCCCCGGAGAAUCCCCCAAGGCCCCCGGGGGUAGCCCCUCGGGGGGCCCCUCGGGGGCCAAGACGGCAGCAAAUACGGGGAGACACGGAAGGUCCAGGGGGGCCCUUGUGGGGUCAAUUCCUUGGGAAAAAAGAAAAGACAAAAGGGCCCUGAGGACGGCCAGAGGGGCCAAAGAGGGCAGCAGCAAAAUGGAGGCCCCCCACUGCUGCUGCAGCUCUUCCCGCGGCAGAGACAGAGACAGCAAACAGCUCUCCGGCAUCAGCAGCAGCCACCCAAACAGCGGCAGGCCCCACGGCUCCUGA